AUGUCGGGUUACUCGUACGGACGAGGGACGGCUAGUCAGUUUGGUGGGGGAGGAGUAAGAGGCCAAGCAUCCUAUCCAACGAACGCUAAUGCCUCGGCGGCCCGUCCGUCUAGCGAGCACAGUUACGGAGCAAUGGCAUACCCGCACAUACCCUCCAUCAACGAGUCAUCUGAAUUCGGGGGAAAUUAUUCCGAUCCCCACAAUUCUUAUCAGAAACAAUCGCACAACCCAUCUCAGCGGAUGAACUCGAACAUGCUUGGAGGAGAUAAUCGCAAUUUUCCAGCUCCGAAUAUGGAUGCCAGUGCUUACAAUCGCCAUUCAAAUACAGGCAUGCAAUCUGGGUAUGGAACGAUGAGCGGCUCAACCCCGAAUCGUCGGGCAUCCGUACCCCCGAAUGUCGGCAUCGGUUCCUUCUCAAACAUGCAACGCUCGCAUUCCUACUCUGGAUCAUCGACAGACUCCGCAUAUUCAAAUAGAAACGCUAGUAUGUCUCAAUCUUCCUAUCCUCAACCCAACAUGUCUAAUCAAAGUCAACAAUAUGGAGAAGGAUUUGGACCUUAUGCUUCUCACCACAACCAGCCUGCCGCUUAUAAUCGGACAAAUGCAAUGAUGAAAUCAAGUGAGAUGUGGGACAGGACAAGUCAAACGCGAAUGGGACAGGCUCCAUAUCCCAAUCCUCAUCCAGUGAAUAUGCAUCUUUCUCAUAAAGCCAAUUCAAACCAGUACCAUCAAAACCAGUUUCCAUCAUCUCAAAGACAAAACACAAACUCCCAAUUGUAUGCAGCCAAUAAUACACCUGGGAUGCAUUCUUCUGAUAUGAACAUGACCGCUGAUGGAUCGAUGUCAUCGGAUUUGGGAAUUCGAGGGAAUCAGUGUGUGAAUCCUGGUGCUAUGAUGGGCCAGGCAUAUGGGAAUAAUCAGGCAAUGUAUGGCUCUUCCGUUGGUGCAAGGAUGAGGGUGCCAAAUCAGCGCUCAUCGAUGUCCAGAGGUGGAAUGUACAACUCCAUGACAGGUGGAAACCAGGUGCCAGGGUCUCUUCAGAAACUAAGACAUUAUGGACCAAUGCCUAACUCAAGUUCAGGCUAUUCGAGGACUAGUACUAGACCAGGAAAUAUGCAAAACAAUGUAGGAACAGUGAGGAAUACCGCAGGCAGUGCUUCAAAUACGAUGGGGAUGCAAGGUGUAUGGCAGGCUAAUAGUGGAUCACAGAGCGGGUAUGCCCAAUAUUCCCAGAAUCAACCCAAUGUGUCAACAAAUGUGCCUUUUAAUGGACUUCCGCAGAACAGCAAUAUGCAAAUGCAACAACCCAUGAACUACCCCAAUAACAUGGGAAUGUCGAACCAGCAACAACAGCAAGUGCAGAACCAGCGGAAUUUCUCAGGAUCAGUGCCAUCGAAUGCAGGACUGGAAAGUCUGUCUGCUCCAAGUGGGAUGUACGGACAGAGCACUACCCCAAAUACUGGCUCUGCUCCUUAUCCUUCUACUGGUUGUACAGACAAAGUAGAUUCCUCCUCUGCGGAAUUCCCAAGUAAUAUCUCUGCUGCUGAAACCGAAGCUAUGAUUCAGCAAUUGAACCAAGAUCGCAUUUUCAGUGCUGAAUUAGAGAAGCUUGCUAGACUAUCACGCAAUCCUACAUCAGAUGAUUUCAUUGCUGACCCUGCUGUUGCUACACCAGUUUCUGGUACUGGUGAGCCCACUAAGUCUUCAUGUUCAGGGUCUAAUACUUUUCAAUCUACCAGUAUUGACGAAUUACUAGAUGGUGGAACCUGUGUUGCAUCAUCGAUUUCUGAAAAACCUUCUUGUGUUGCAAAUUCUAACUUAAACCUCUCUCAUGCAAACUCUCAUUUGCAGUCCCCUGGUACAUCAGUUUCGGGUUCUUUCCAGUCAGGGAGUGGAGCUGUAGCGAAUCAGAACCAGCCAGAUCAGAUUGCUUCAUCAUCAUCCUCAGCACCUCAUACCCCAAAUAGUACUUCAAAUGUGGGCAAGCCUGCUCAGAACCAGAGUAAAGGCCAUGCAAGUGACAAAAAUUCAGAAAGUGAUACAAACCAAGGGAAAGCUAGUGAAAGCAAUGAGAAUUCAGUGCAGCAUCUACAGCGAAUUACUCAAUCUAUCAAAGACACAAGUAAGCAGGAUGAUCUGAUGAAGGUUGCAAACUCUCAACAUGCUGAGUAUUUGAGUCACUCUUCAAGUGAUAAUUAUGGAUCUCAGAACUGUAUUGCUGCUCUUUCAGCUGCCUGCCGUAAUAUCAUUGCUGAUAUGGAUAGUUCGAUGCCCAAACAGAACAGUGGGCAGAAAGUUCAGAGUCCGCUCGGAAAGAACACCAAGUUUGAUGGAUCAUCGGGGUUUGGGACAAAAUCUGAUGCUCUUUCUGGUUUUGGAAGUGGUCCCCCUUCUGUUAAUAGCAUGGGAGAUCAAUUUGUUGCACCGAAUAGCUGUAUGAUGACCGCUCCUCCUAAUUGUAUGCCAAUGGACUCUUAUGCUGCAUUUCCAAACAAUUUCAAUGGUGCCAACCCAAUGGCGAUGCCGGACUUUCAAGGGAAAUACCAUGAUUUUUUAGAGCAGAACCUACCUAUUCAGAUGGCUGGGAGAAGGAUAGACGAGAAACCACGGAAGGGACGUAGGAGGAGAAAGUCCGAAGAAUUCUCCACUGAACAGCUUAUUUCCUGCAGCAUACCUCCUGUGAAACCAAAGCGAAAGUACCGCAAGAGAUCAACUCAGAAUCCGCCCAGUGUGGAAUCCAUGGAAGGACCACUUUCUGUUGAUAAUGUUGUGUUCACACCACUCAGUGAGAGUGGAUCCCAUCAAGCUGAUGACAUGGGAUAUCGUUCUGCAACCCAAACGCCAAAUUCUGCUCCCAACUCUUGGGGGAUGGAUGUAAAAAUGUCAUGUUCAGACUCAAUAAGUAUGGCAAUGUCAAUCGCAGAUGGAAAUCAGAUGGAACAUGUUUCGCAAGAUUUAUUGGAUAGCGUUUUUUCUCCCGACACAACGAUGUCAAGUACUACUAAUCAGGAAAUGCCAGAAUCUGGAAAUUGUGUUCCACACGGUUCUUCCCCUAUCAUGCAUAAUCAGUCGCCCCUUGGUCCCCAUCAUCUCAACAACAAUCAUCCUAUAGGUGCGGAUCACAAACACAACAUGUAUCCACCGCAGUCUAACAAUAUUGGAUCUUCCACUGGAGAAGCGAAUUGUCAGUUCAUAUCAACGUCUACCCACUCUGUGAAUGGUAAUGUGAAACAAAAGGAUGUCGAGGAGGCGCAUCCCCUUGAAAUCCUGCAAGCACAAAUAAAAAUUCAACGAAAACAGUUUAAUCUUGGAGAAUCGCAACAACAAUCGCAAGGAGCGAAGAACAAUGAGAAAAUCAGCAAAGUUGAAAAUGCUUUGCCAAGUGAUCUCGAGAUGGAUAAUUUGUUGUCAAGUGAGGAAACAUCCUGGUAUCUUUCAGAGGAUCAACCCAAAGACCAAGGAGGAGGAGGAGGAGGAUUAUGGGAAGAUCUGUGCCCAAAAGGUCAGACAAAUACUUCCUCUAAACCUUUGCUUUUGGCUAUGCAGUCAUGA